AUGAAUAACCUGAUGCUAUAUGGGGGCCAAGUUCCUCAAGAGUUUUGGCUCUUGAACUAUUAUGAUAAGCAACAAUUCUUACAACUCAGAGCAACCCUCUGUCAGAUGUCUUCAAAAAUUAAAAGAAACAAGAAAAUAUCAAAGUUUGCUGAAGCUUUAGAAAUCAUUAAGAGAUGGGCAAUUCGUGGUGAUUAUGAAGAUCAUAAAAGGUGUCUUGCUUGCGGUGUUUUAUGGUUUGAUCAAGAAAUCGCUAUAAAUACUCAGCAAUUGAAGUUUUUAUUAUUCAAAUGCAAAUCAUCGAUAAAUUCUACACUCCAUGACAGUGGCUUGCAACCAGCUCCACGUGAAGCUCUUCAAAAGUUGCUCAUGGAAAGAUACCCAUAUUUGAAAAACAAUAUGGGAGAAAUAAGAAAAUGGACUUUACGAACAUAUCAACCACAACAGCAGACAGCAGGAACAAGCCCAUAA